UUUUGUUCUAUGGCCCUCGCAGUCUACAGUACGAGUAGAACAUAAUCUGUCAGAGCCUUGACUACCUACUGUGAACGGUCAACAUGCUCAAAACUACAUACCGUGCUGCCGCUCCUGCGCCAGCAGAAUCCCCUCUUCCACCAGGCUGGACCGAACACAAAGCCCCGACGGGACAUACCUACUACUUUAAUGCAGAGACGAAACAAUCGACCUAUACACGCCCUACGGCACCAUCUGAUGAACCCUUACAGAUCGACUAUGGUGCCUCUGAGCCCGAUCAUGUCAUGCGCGCGUCCAUGCAGGUCAUGGAAGAAUUUCAAAGGAACAACCCACAAGGCCCAGGUCACUUCACCGGUGGGAAGAGUUACCAGGAUCAUUCCCGCCGACGAGGGAACCAGGGAGACAGGCCAAAAUCGAAAGCACCGAUACCCGACUGCUUUCCAUGGGUCGUCGUGAAAACGAAACUGGGUAGACGGUUCGUCCACAAUACAGAAACAAAGCAAAGUCUGUGGAAGUUUCCGCAGGACGUAAUGAUGGCGGUGAUUGAAAUGGACAAGAAUGAAUGGGAAGCCAAAAAGAGAACUGAAGAGCAGCCUGCUGAGCCUCGGGAUACACAGACGCAAGAAUCGUCGUCCAAACCGCGUUCGACGAGUCCGGACCAGACACAAUCCAAGUCAGGACGGGCGCCGACAGCACCACCGGAAGAUUACGACAGCGACUCGUACGAAGAAGUCGAAGUGACCGACGACGAGGCCGAGGACCAGGACGGGAACCACGCAAAGCGUCCACGGCUGUCCGCGACACCACCGCCCUCAGGGCCUGUAGAAUUCAACGAGGAUGACAUAGCAUGGCAACUUGCCGCCAUGGAAGAUGACUUCCCUGCCGACGACGAUGCAUACUCCAACCCUGACGUCGCCGCCGCCGCCGGGUACGAGGAUGAAGCCGAGGGAGAUGACGAAGAAGACGAAGGUCUGCCCCUUACGGACGUCGACAAGACCGCCCUCUUCCGCUCCCUCCUCGACGACAGUGGCAUUUCGCCGUACUCGACGUUUGAGAAACUGAUCGACGACAUGAACAUAGUCGAAGACGACCGGUGGGUGGCGUUGCCCAACACCGCCUCCCGCCGCGACGCUUUCGGAUCGUGGUCGAAAGACCGCAUCGCCGAGAUCCAGGAGCGCAAAAGGACCGAGGCGUCCACGAAGAAGCCGCGGGACGCCCGCGUCGAUUACCUGCGCUUCCUGAACGGCCACGCGACCCCGAAACUGUACUGGCCCGAGUUCAAGCGGAAGUUCAAAAGGGAACCCGAGAUGCGCGACGCCGGGUUACAAGACAAGGAUCGCGAAAAGAUGUACCGCGAACUCGUGGCCAAGCUCAAGACCAGCGACGGCGACCGAAAAAGGGACCUUGUUGGUCUGCUCAAGAGCGCGGUCGACAAGGCCAGUCUCGAACGACACCAACGUGGGUCUUCUACCAGCAUCGACGAAUUGCCAGACAGUAUAUUGCGCGACGUCAGGUUCUACACGAUCGAACAGUCACGGAGGGACGAGCUCGUCAAGACUUUUCUCGAGACGUGAGACGACGUGACGACUGACGCCUUGCCUCUUUUCAGUAGCACAGCAGAGUAUGCGUCGAGCAAGUAUGUACGGUAACAGAAAUCAAAUCCAGCUUUAUAAUUUUACCUACCUAGUACGGAGCAAAGAAACCAUAUUCAG